AUGGUGAAUUUCAAACAAUAUCAUCAUCUGAAAAUAUGUGUGAUUGUUGUGGAUUAUUUGGCACCAUUUUAGAUGAUGGGACUUAUUUAAUAACACAUGAGAGUCAUAGCAGUGAAAUAAAUAUCAGAAAAUAUCAAGAAAAAAAAAUUGAGUUGCAACAAUAUAAAUUGUUAUUUUUAACUAUGA